AGCUUGCGAUUUUUUCGUCUUAAAAGUUGGCAGCACUGAUUAGUGCUUCAGUUCAAGAUGGCGAACGAUGCGAGCAAGCUACUACUAUCUUCACAUCAAGAAAAAACCAGUCAUUAUACUUACCUAAAGGAAUUCCGCGUGGAGCAAUGCCAGUCGUUCCUGCAGCACAAAUGCAACCAGCAUCGCCCCUUCGUUUGCUUCAACUGGCAUUUUCAAAAUCAGCGUCGUCGGCGGCCUGUACGUAAACGCGAUGGAACAUUUAAUUACAGUGCGGAUAAUUAUUGCACCAAAUAUGAUGAGACUACUGGAAUCUGUCCCGAAGGCGAUGAAUGCCCCUUUCUGCACCGCACAGCCGGUGACACGGAGCGUCGAUAUCAUUUACGUUACUACAAGACAUGCAUGUGUGUGCACGACACGGACAGUCGGGGAUACUGUGUCAAAAAUGGCCUACAUUGCGCUUUCGCUCAUGGCAUGCAGGAUCAACGUCCUCCUGUGUAUGACAUCAAGGAGCUGGAGACACUACAGAAUUCGGAUAUAACGUUGGAUGGCACCAAUGCACAAAAUGCACUUGACAAGGAGCGCAACCUUAUGAACGAGGAUCCAAAGUGGCAGGACACUAACUAUGUGCUGGCCAACUAUAAAACCGAGCCGUGCAAGCGUCCGCCGCGACUCUGUCGCCAAGGAUAUGCCUGUCCACAGUAUCACAACAGCAAGGAUAAGCGUCGCUCGCCCAGAAAGUACAAAUACAGAUCCACACCAUGUCCGAAUGUUAAGCACGGCGAGGAAUGGGGCGAACCGGGUAAUUGUGAGUCCGGUGACAAUUGCCAGUACUGUCAUACACGCACCGAGCAACAGUUUCAUCCGGAAAUCUACAAGUCCACCAAAUGCAACGAUGUCCAACAGGCUGGCUACUGUCCACGCAGCGUUUUCUGCGCUUUUGCGCAUGUGGAACCUUAUGUGGUCAGCGAGCAGAAGAUGCGUGAUCAUGAAUUCGCUUUAACCGAGCUCAUUUCCAAUGGCUUGUCCGAUUUGAAGGUACAGGAUGAGGUCGGUAAUGGCAAGCUGCCACCAGGACUCCUGCAGCUGAACAAUAACUUAUUAAAUGAUAUUGAUGGUAAUAAUACCAACAAAAUGUUGGUUGAUGCUUUGGAAAAUACAACAAAUUCCAGCAAAAUCCUAAAUAUCUCACUACCAAUGGACAGCAUUCCCUGUACAUUGGAUGAUCCACGCGAGAACUCGCUAUCGGCAAGUCUGGUCAAUACUAGUUUAUUAACACGUUCCUCGGCGCCAAUUAACAUUCCUAAUACGACACUAAGUAACUCUAUUAACGACUUUAACUCAGGUGGUUUUGCCGUCAACAUUCCCAGCAGCUCGCUCACCUAUAGUCCAACAAAUCAUGCCAAUCUUUUCAAUGUGUAUGGCGGAUCCAAUAAACUAAGCAAUUCUCUGUCGGCAGCCACACAGAAUGAUAGUAAUAGCAUUUUCUUUCCAUCGCGCAUUAUUUCUCCUGGCUUUGGCGAUGGUUUAUCGAUAAGUCCAUCAGUUAGAAUAUCUGAAUUGAACACCAUACGUGAUGACAUUAACAGCAGCUCAGUGGGCAACAGUCUGUUUGAGAACACUCUGAAUACGGCGAAGAAUGCUUUUAGCCUACAAUCUUUGCAAUCGCAAAAUAAUAGUGAUCUGGGUCGCAUGACCAACGAAUUACUUACAAAGAAUGCGCAAAUACAGAAAUUGUCUGUACGUCUGGAGGAGUUAAUGUGUAAGCUUAAAAUUGCCGAACUACAUCGCGACAAGGCCAAGCAGGAAUCACUAGAAUGGAAGGAGCGCCACGAUCUUGUGCAGAUCCAACUCAAUUUACCCGGCGAAUUGCGUGACUUAUCCAUACAGAAACUUAAGCAAUUGCAGUCAAAGCUGCGUACCGAUUUGGAGGAGGUAGAAAAAGUAUUAUAUUUGGAGAAUGCCAAGAAGUGCAUGAAAUGCGAGGAGAAUAAUCGCACCGUUACGCUUGAGCCCUGUAAUCACCUGUCCAUUUGCAAUACUUGCGCUGGCUCGGUUACUGAGUGUCCUUACUGUCAGGUGCCGGUUAUAACAACGCACACAUAGAAUAUGUUUCAACCGCAACAGGACUAUCGUUGGGUCCUCGGGCCGGAUUAAUUGCCCACACUGACAAUGUGCGAUACAAACUAUACUUUAAUCGUAAGCAAAAUGUUUAUCGACUAGCGAAUAUGCCUGCCUGGCAUAUGACAGAGCUUACAUAUAUAUGUGGAUAAUUCAUACUAAUAUAAUUUAUAUUUAUCUAUAUGCAAAUUAAUUAUCAUGGAUAUUAGCAAUUACUAGGCACAAAAUAUGUAAUUCAUUAUUUAUCAAGCUAAUAUGUAUUCGAAUUUGACUCCGUACACUUUUAUUUUGUUUUCGAUAAAAAAUAUCUCUUAUUAUAUUUAAUUUUGUGUUAAUUUUAAUAUUUUAUUUUUUAUUAAAUUUGCUUUCAUCAGUUUCAUUAUGCCCAUGACAUUUUAUUAUGUACAAAUUAAAUUUGAAAUAGUUUCUGUUUUUUGUUUUUGUCGCUUACAAUCACCAUCACUAUUCACUAGAAUUAAUUAUUGAAAAAAAUCCAAUUACAUUUAUAUCAUAAACGGAUACAGAUGAUAUCUUACAGAAUAUUAUAUAAUUUUUUUAGUCACUUUUAGUAACUAAAAUUUUUUAAACUACAACAAAUUGACUAAAACCACCAGUGAUUUUUAUAAGCCGAUAUUCAAACCGCAGUUAAAGAUACAUAUAGUGAAAUGUGACAAAUUUAUUAUUUUUUUUAGAUAUGUUUAAAUUCUGAUGAAACGUAAUUACAAUGAAGUUUCGCAAAUGGAGAGAGCUCUAAGCAAAGAACGAAUUUUAGUGACUUUGACUAGGAUCCCUUGAAUGUAUUGAAAACUAAGUUUUAUUUGAUUUGGCCGCACAAAAUAAUCAUAGCUUAUGAUAGAUAGUUGUUAUAACUAUUCACUUAUUUUUUUUGUAACAUUUUUGCAUUCAAGUAAUAAUUCAACUAUAAUAAUUUGAUAUUGCAUAAAUCGUUUGGUGUAUUUUACUUUUAUACUCUAGUUUACUAUGUGAUUUUGUUAGUGCUUUAAGUACAAUUCUUGCUACAAACAUAUUUUAUAUUUCAAUAUAAACACAUAUAUUUUUUUUCUAUGAAAGGAAAGCUUCCAAUAUAAAAUCGAUCAUCAAACAGUUUAAAAUAAUUUCAAAAAGUCAAAAAUGGUAUAUAAAUGGCCAACAAAUGCGGUACAAGAUGAUUAUAUAUUUAUAUAUACAACAUAAAUGAGUGUGAUGAAUAAGAUUAAACAAUAAUCGUAACACAAGACAGCGAAUACAUAUACAUAAUACAGUCUACAAUGAAUGUUAACCAAAACUAAUGUAAAACCGUCUUCAACAUUUUUGCGCAAAUUAAAAAAAAUUGAACAAAUAAAAUACAAAAGGCUAAUGUAUUGUAGCUUAUGAAAAAAAAAAAAGUUGAGCAUAUAUAUUUAAUAUAAUGAACUCUAAACGUAUUAUUAAUUAUUAAACUAAUGGCAAAUCAAGUUGGAUCACUUAGGGCAUGAAAGUAAACUAUUUAAGCAAGAAUUUCAGAAGCAGAAACUUAGGCAUUUAUUAAAGAUCAUUAAAAAAAUAAAUAAAAUGAAUAUAGGUAUACACAUACAUAUGUAUAGUAAACAAGAUAUGAGAAUAUAUUUUAUAGCUAACUAACUAGGCAGCGCAAAGGCUUUUGUGUGUAUGUAGUAGCCAAAAAAGUAAAUUAUAAAAUUAAAAAAUAAUUAAAUGUGCAUGUUGAUGUGUGUUACAAAUAAACGCUUUAAUAUUAUAGCUCUACUGCAAAAGAAAAAUAUUUAAUUAAAGAAACAAUUUAAAGCAAUUUGCAAUUGAUAAUGAAUUCGAAAGGUUAAGAAACAAGCAUUGAAUAAUUACUAAAUGGUUUUAUAAUGGAGCUGUUGAGUGUUGACGAAAUUCUAAUAGCUGUAAUAAUAGCUCUCUCUAUCACAAACUACCCCUAAACUCUAAAUAUUUGGGCACAACGUAUAUUAAUUAGCAAUAAACACAAUUUAAUUUUUAUCUAGAAGCACAAGCAUUCAAAGAGAAUCAUUUAAUGACAAUUCAAAAGAACAAAUGAAAUUACUAAUAAACUGACAAACUGAGACAUAUACACACACAAUGUAUGAGAAAUGUAUGUAUUUUGUAUACGCUACUGUAAGAGUGAUCUUUAUGUGAUUUUGAAACUACUUGAAUAUGUGAUCCAGAACUAUAUGAAAAAAAAAACAAAACAAAAAAAAUUUAAAAAUAAAACAAAAAAAGAAUGAACAAAAAUAUUUAAAUAAACAUUUGUGAAAGCUCUCGCCAGCAACAACAACAAACAGCUAACAUAUUGUUACCAACUAAACUCGAUGUACAACAAUAAUAAUGAUAAACACAUAUUAAGCUCCAGCUCCAUUUAGAAACAUCAUAAGCAUACAACUGACACACAUUAUUACACACAAAAUGACAAAA